CAUCCUCUUCAAAUUCACAUUUGGGGAAUUAGGUUUCUGGUUUUGUAUUCACAUUUCGCUCUUUCCAAAGGUUUGUUUCUCCGCGGCGCCGCCGUGGCUUUGUGUGUAAACCAAACGAAAAGAAUGUCAGAUGGUAAAGAAGCCAAGUUCUGUUUGAAAGUGAUGAUAAAUGAAGAGAAAACCAAAGUACUUUUCGCCGAGGUCGAAAGUGAUUUCGCCGACGUUUUGUUGAGCUUCCUGACUCUACCACUGGGUGCAAUUGUCAGAGUUCUGAAGAAGCACUACGCAGCAGAACCUCAGUUUGGAUUCUUAACGAAAUUGUACAAUCGCUUAGAGCAACUCAGCAGCGACAAUUUCUGUACGGAUGGUGGUAAGCAGAUGCUUCUGAAUCCGAGAAUAACCUCCUUCGAAUUCGAAUCCCAGUCUCGUAAACGCAAACUCGACAUCUCUGGUACUGAUCAGCCAAUCAAAUACUUCAGAUGCGCAGACACGGAUUGUACGAGACACAGAUUUCCAAAUGUAAGCAUGUACUACGAUACUAUGAAAUGCGAUUGUGGGAAACUGUUAAGCAGACCGAUGAGUCAUGUAGUAGUAGAAACCGACGAUUGCGCCGGUGGUGGUGGUGGUGGUGGU